AUGCUGGCGCGCUGCGCCCGAGGACUGCUGGGGCGUCGGCGUUACAGUGUCGAUCACGGGCCUCGCUGUGACACUCGCGGGCUCAUCGGCGAGCGUGAGAUCGUCGGCUACGGGCACAACGGUCAGCCGAACUACGUCGACCUGGUCGCUUUCCCGUUCCCGGCCAUUCGCUACCGCGAGUGUACUCCCCAGAUCAUGGCACUGCGCGAGAAGGAGCGUGGCGACUGGAGAAAGCUCAGCGUCGACGAGAAAAAGUGCCUGUACAGGGCCAGCUUCCGCCAGACUCUCGCGGAACUCGACGCGCCGACCACCCAAUGGAAAAGCAUCCUCGGCACCAUACUCAUGACGUUGUCCCUGACCUUCUGGUCCUUAUUUUGGAUCCAACGCCACGUGUACAGAGAUCUGCCCAUGUCGUUCGAGCCGGAGGCACGGAUCGCCCAGUACUAUCGCCAGGUGGCCAUCAACAAUCAGCCGUUCAGUGGCCUUUAUCGGCCGCCUGGCGCCGAGCUGAGGAUCCACCCGAAGAACAAGCAGAUGUACGACGAGAUGAUGAAGUCUCAGUAGCCGUUCUCUUCGGCAUUCCGCUCCUGUUCGCUCGCUGUACGCGCACUUAUGCGCUAAUAAACGCUAGUCGCUUUCAUU